AGGAGGAGCGCCGCGCCCGCCCGGUCUCCCUCCGCGGAAGGAGGCAGCAGCGCUUCAGAUUGUUAGUAAAUGUAUAUCAAGCAGGCAGCCAAGAAUGAAGAAAGCAAGCCGGAAUGUUAGUUCGGUGCCCAAAGUGCCUGGUAUAACUAAGAUGCAAACAGUAGAGAAAGCUAAAACAGAGACCAGUUCCACAACGUCUGCAGUAACGAAACUUCCAAAAGCAGGAACAGCAGCCUCCUUCCUGAAGACAAAGAGCAACGAUGAUCUUCUAGCUGGAAUGGCCGGAGGGGUGAACGUCAGCAACGGUGUCAAGGGGGGCAAGAAGAGCGUUUCUACCUCAACAGCCCCUUCUGCUGCGGGAAGCACCGUCAUGAAUCCUGUGGAGAGUAAAUCAAAGCCCACUGCAGGUAUGAAUUCUUCAGCUAAGCGUAGCACUUCAUCUGGAAAUAAGGAAUCCAGCUCUUCUAGGGAAAGAAUUCGUGACCGUUCGCGACCAACUCAGAGCAAAAAACUGCCCCUGACUGGUCAGACGAGCAGCGAUGUCCUCCUUGCAAAACGUUCCCGCAGCCGUGCCAGUCAGGAUUCCGAUGUUCGCAUGAGCAAGUCGAAGUCAGACAACCAGAUCAGUGAUAAAUCUGUUCUAGAGGCGAAAGUGAAAGAUCUCUUGAUGCUAGCCAAAACGAAAGACGUGGAGAUCCUCCACCUAAGGAAUGAACUAAGGGAGAUGCGUGCUCAGCUGGGCCUUCACGAAGACCCGUUUGAGGGUGAUGACAAAUCUGAGGAUAAAGAAACAAUUGUGAUCCACCAGCCGACGGAUGUGGAAUCCACACUGCUGCAUUUGCAAGAGCAGAACUCUGCCAUACGGGAGGAGCUGAAUCAGCUGAAGAAUGAAAACCGGAUGUUAAAAGAUAGAUUAAACGCCUUGGGUUUCUCUCUAGAGCAAAGGUUGGAUAAUUCCGAAAAGCUGUUCGGCUACCAAUCUCUGAGCCCAGAAAUGACAACUGGCAGCCACAGCGACGGUGGAGGAACUGUUACUUCUUCGGUAGAAGGUUCCGCUCCUGGUUCCAUGGAAGACCUCCUAAGCCAGGACGAGAAUACCUUGAUGGACAAUCAGCACAGUAACUCCAUGGACAACCUAGAUAGUGAGUGCAGCGAAGUGUAUCAGCCGCUCACUUCCAGUGACGAUGCUCUGGAUGCUCCCUCGUCUUCAGAGUCGGAAGGAUUGCCGAGCAUGGAGACCUCGAGGAAAGGGAGCAGUGGCAAUGCCAGCGAAGUGUCCGUGGCUUGCUUGACGGAACGGAUUCACCAGAUGGAAGAGAAUCAGCACAGCACCGCGGAAGAGCUCCAAGCAACGCUUCAGGAACUUGCAGAUUUGCAGCAAAUCACGCAGGAGUUGAACAGCGAGAACGAAAGGCUUGGAGAGGAAAAGGUCAUCCUCAUGGAAUCUUUGUGCCAGCAAAGUGACAAGCUGGAACACUUCAGCCGACAAAUCGAGUAUUUCCGCUCUCUUUUAGACGAGCAUCAUAUAUCCUACGUUAUUGAUGAAGACAUGAAAAGUGGGCGCUACAUGGAGCUCGAGCAGCGUUUUAUGGACCUGGCAGAGAAUGCCCGCUUCGAAAGAGAGCAGCUUCUGGGUGUCCAGCAGCAUCUGAGCAACACUUUGAAGAUGGCCGAGCAAGACAAUAAGGAAGCCCAAGAGAUGAUAGGGGCGUUGAAGGAACGGAAUCACCACAUGGAGCGAAUUCUUGACUCGGAGCAGAAAAGCAAGGCCACUCUGGCGGCCACCUUGGACGAGUACAAAGCUACCGUCUCCAGUGACCAAAUUGAGAUGAACCGGUUAAAAGCGCAGCUGGAACACGAGAGGCAGAAAGUUGCUGAGCUCUAUUCUAUACACCAGUCGGGUGAUAAGUCAGACAUCCAGGACUUGCUAGAGAGCGUCCGGCUUGACAAAGAGAAAGCAGAGACAUUAGCCGGCAACUUACAGGAAGAGCUUGCUCGGACACGUAACGAUGCCAAUCGUCUCCAGGAUGCCAUCGCAAAGAUAGAAGAUGAGUAUAGAGCUUUCCGAGAAGAGGCCAAAAAACAAAUUGAGGAUCUGAACAUGACCUUAGAGAAAAUACGCACAGAUUUGGAGGAAAAGGAAACAGAAAGGAGUGACAUGAAAGAAACCAUAUUUGAACUGGAGGACGAAGUGGAGCAGCAUCGAGCAGUGAAACUCCACGACAACCUCAUCAUCACUGACUUGGAGAUCUCUGGGAAAUUGAGAUUUAGCAAGCUGCUUCCUUUUCUCAAAAAUAAUUUCCCCCCUCUUCAGAGACACUCCAUCAGCGGACCCAUAUCUGCUCCUAAGCCGCUUGCUGCGUUAUCAGACAAAAGGUCCAGCUAUGCGGAACUUCCAGUUCAAGAUCAUUUGCUGAGAACUUCCUCUACCAGCAGACCAGCUUCCCUGCCAAGAGUUCCUGCUAUGGAAAGCGCUAAAUCUCUCUCUGUGUCUCGCCGAAGCAGUGAAGAAAUCAAGCGGGAGAUGACGGCUCCUGAUGGAACAUCUCCAGCCUCCCUCGUAGCAAUCGGGACCGCUUCGCCGCAACUGUCGCUCUCAUCUUCACCCACAGCGUCAGUCACUCCUACAACACGGAGUCGAAUAAGAGAGGAGAGGAAAGACCCCCUGUCUGCCCUGGCGAGGGAGUACGGGGGCUCCAAGAGAAACGCCCUGCUGAAGUGGUGCCAGAAGAAGACCGAGGGCUAUGAGAACAUCGAUAUCACCAACUUCAGCAGCAGCUGGAACGAUGGCUUGGCGUUCUGUGCGGUCCUCCAUACUUACCUCCCAGCACACAUUCCCUACCAGGAGCUGAACAGUCAGGACAAGAGAAGAAACUUCACGCUGGCUUUCCAGGCCGCGGAGAGCGUUGGCAUCAAAUCCACGUUGGAUAUUAAUGAAAUGGUACGAACGGAGCGUCCAGACUGGCAGAAUGUUAUGCUCUACGUCACGGCAAUUUACAAAUACUUUGAAACCUGAGAGCAGGGCAAGCGGAGAGAAGCAGAAACUCAAGACUGUGCCCUAAAACCAACUGACCUCUUUUGGUGGACCCCCUCCGGUCAGUUGAGCGAGCCAGGUUUAGUUACCAGAACGAUUGGGCAAACUCAGCCUUAAGUGUUAACGAAGAUUUCGUCCUUUUCUUGCCAGAGACUAAACCGAAUAUAAGCUGCAAAAAGCACAAGGCUAAAGGUCACCUGAUUGUAUCACAAAGACUUUCUUUAGAAAGUGUUCCUCAAUGUUGGGUAAAUAUUAUUUUUGUGACGCCCCCAGUACUCCCCAGAGCGGGAGAAGCGGCUUGUUGCAACCUCGUCAAAGCCGUUGGAGAUCAUCUCCGUCUCUUCAGCUAAAAGAAGCGCACAGGUGCCUUUUCCUUGCCGCGUUCACCUGGCUGCAGGUGCUGCCACCUGACCAGGACUGUGCGCAGCCAAGGAGUCCGUGUCUUCAGGCGACCCCUUUCAAGGUUCGAUUGUAAUAAAGGCCCUGCCUCAAUUAAAUGGGGGGAGGGGGGUCUGGGGGAGCAGGCAUAUCACCCCCCAGAUUCCAGGAGACGACCACAUGGAGAUCUGUUGACUUUUCCUUGGGAAGAACUAACUUUUCCUUCUUGGUUUUUCUUUUUAACGGUGCUUCGGAUAAAGUUUGUUUCAGAUGAAGAGAAUGUUUGGGUCACAGGACAGGAUAAGCUUUUCAAAAACUGCUCAGCGUUUUACCAUAAAGAUCUUAACCCCUGUGGGGUCUGCAAGUGGCUUCCCAGUUCGUCCACCUCCCAACCCCACUUAGCUGCUGCUGCUCCUGCAUGUGGGCUGGAGGAAAAGGGGCUUCUGGGACUCUCCCUGUGCAGCACCUUUAAAUGAAUAAUGGGUGUCUCUCUCUGCAGGCUGAGCUCUUUGGGUUAAAACUGGUUUAAUAGGUGGAAUUAAUCCCCAUCGGGAGAUGGAAGAACAACUUUGGAGCUCCGCCUGUGGCUUUAAACCAGCCUGGCCCAACGCUUGUGGGGGGGGGAGCAGCAGCAGCCUCCAGGACCAGGGAGCUCCAGGGAGUGUCUAGUGCCCCCCCUUCCCCCCAGAGGCCUUGGCAAAGAAGCAGUGCCAGGGUUCACUACUGGGCAAUGAAAGAAGGGGUUCCCCCCCCCUCCCCCUUUCCCUGGAGGGGCCAAGUGAUCAUCUCCCCAAACCCAUUUUGCCUUUUUGGACACAAGUCUGUUACAACCUUUUGUUUGCAAAUGUACUUUGCUUUUUCCCACUCAACGUCAUUCUGCAUUCUUCGAUGUGCCUGGCAGAGGACUUUGAAUGUUUUCGGUGUGUUGAGCUGUCAAGAAUAUAAUCCAUUUCCACAAUUUAGCCUCGAAAACGCUCUGGGCGGGCAUUGAAACCAGACUCUGUCCUGAAGCUAGUCAGAAUGAACUCUGAAGAAUGUAGCCAGGAAGUUUCCUUGUGCCUCUUGUACAUCAUUCACAGUGCAAAAAAAAAAAAAACAUUUUACAAACUCUUAAGCUCACAUCUGUCAGCCGCCUCGUGGGUUCCCCACUCCCAACGCUCGCUUUCUGGUUUCCCUCAAAGGAGCCCGCAAAUACCGACAAAUUUGCCUUGGGAUUCCUUCUGUGGAGAUGAGAGCAUGAGAGGAAGUACACGGGGAGCUGGCUCUACGCCUCCCAGCAGUCUUCUGUUGGUCUUAAAGGGAGUCUUUGCGCCAAACGGGGCACUGCCGCCUCUGGACACGGUGCUGGGAGGAAGGUGGCCUUCCGUCUCUUCUUCCUUUCGGAGUCUAAAAUGAUGAGGCCUUGUGUCUUGUGUCCCGUUUCCCCCCCCCCCCCUUGUUUUGCAUCCUAGAAGACGGCGUAUAUUUUUCUUGUAAGCAGAUGGCAACUCAUUGUAGCCCAGGAAGAGCGAGGUGAGUUGAGUUUUAUACAGGAGUCGCUCCAGGAAUUCUUUCUCUGCCCUUCAAGGGAAGGAAGGAGGUGUCGGUGGAAGGGAGAUGUGCAAAGGAGGAAGACCUGGAGAAGGGAAGGCUUGCUCUUUCUGGCAGUGACGACCUGUAACUUUUGUUAAAGAUGGGAUUGUAUAUUAAGAUCUCACCCCCAAAAAAUAUUUUACCAAGGAAAACACUCAAAAGGGUGAAAGAAACCUAAAGAAGCUUCUUAUUCUACCAUAGAAGAACGCUUAACAGAGAAGUUCUUUGUUACAUUCUUUAAAUAUUCUUGAAUUCUUUAGCCAUCUUCUAAAAACCAAUUAACUUAUGUAAAAAUAUAUUCUUGUUACGUUUGUCUUAUUAAAUAUUUUGAAUAUGCGAUAAAAAA